AUCUCUCGAUUUCGAUUAAACCAUUUAAAGAAAUUCAACAACUUUGAAGCUUCAUUGGGAUUUUUUGAUGCUCACCUCAGGCUAUGUAUUAUGUGUGAGAUAAAAUGGCCACAAAUAAAAAACGAAAAUUAAACAUACAGGAGAACAUACAGGAACCUCCACAAACUAUGAGUGCCUUCGCCCUACGUAAAAAGCUGCUUAGCCAGCAAAGUAUUGCUGCUACUCCUGCGUUGCCCAAUGCAGAUAUAACGAAUGAGGAUAACCCUACCUCAUCUCCUCAAGAUGCUUUAGAUGAUGCAUUAGACACCAAAGGGACGCGAAGUCCCAAAAAGGUAAAGAAGGGGUCAAAUAUUCAACCCUCAAAUCAUAAGAGUGAAUACCGUACUCGUUUAAGGAACUCAACUCUGGAUCUUCCACCGGCGUUCAGAAAUAAUACCUCCAAGGCUAUUGCCAGUCCAGUAACAAGAAGCCCUUCACCUCCUCUUAUCGAAGACCAAGAGGAGGUCCCAAUCCAGCUAUUCAAGGCUCCGCCCAUUCAACUCUCUAACUUCAAACCAACCAAAAACAAUUAUAAAGAGCGAAAGGAUGGGAGGAUAAUAUUGAAACUUUCUGCUGGAGAUCGUCUAGUUAUUCUCGGCAAUUAUGGCAUGCAUACGACAGCUGGUGAGAUUACUAUCAAUGGCGCAACGCUGAGGGGUUCGGAGGAAGUGCAUUGGGUAGACGCACCAUAUUGUCAUGCCCUUCCUGUCAUCAGAUGCCCGGAAAAUGCUACUCUAGAACUGCUCCCUCACCCUAAUGCCGAGGGGUUACGAAGUCUGGGAAGACUUUCCCCCCAAUUUAGAAAACUCUGGAACGAGGCAAGCUCUUCAGAAGAUAAAUCUACGUCGUCAGAUUCCAGCUUUCAAAUACUGUAUUCGACAGCAGAUGGCCCCAAGCGGGCUGUGAUACAAAAUUUGAUCUCUCCUCCUGAGUGGAACAGGGAUAUCACCAAGCUGAUCAAUAUAACUAGCUCGAAGCCCAGCUCAAUUAUGAUUACAGGGCCGAAAUCUUCUGGAAAGUCUACCUUUGGCAAGAUACUUGCUAAUCGAUUCAUCACCGAUCGGACAAGCGGCUCCAAGAAACGAGCUUACCGCGAGGUGGCUGUACUCGACUUAGACCCUGGACAGCCUGAGUAUUGUGUCGCUGGCCAGAUCGCCUUGGUACACCUGACAAAGCCGGUGCUUGGUCCAUCUUUUAGUCGUCCACUAUCUAGCUCCGGGAUUCGACAAAUUCGAUCUCAUGCUUUAGCUUCCGUAUCCCCAGCUUCAAACCCCGAGCUAUAUCUAGAGGCCGCCGUGGACCUUAUGGCGCAUUAUCGAAAUUCUCUGGGGCGGUGCCCCCUUAUAAUCAACACGCCAGGAUGGAUACAAGGCACAGGACUCGACUUACUGACCUCUCUCAUUGCGAGUUUGCGGCCCGCUGAGGUUGUGUACAUGUCCGAGUCUGGCCCUGCCGAAGCAGUAGAGGCUCUACAAGAGUCUUGCAAUGCCAGUAGCUUUUCUAUGCUUCCGUCCCAAACCUCUCAGCUCACUUCGAGGACACCGGCGCAUCUUCGUUCAAUGCAGACCAUGUCAUACUUUCACGCAGAAUAUCGGAAGGUGGGCGCAAAUGAUUCCCCGGUUUCGUGGAACCCAAAGCCCCUGACCGCCAUGCCCCCUUGGCAAGUCAGUUACAAGGGUCCGAACCAUGGCAUAUUUGGAAUCAUGUGUUAUGAUUAUCAGGUACCUUUGGACUUAUUAGCCGAUGCGAUCAAUGGCACAAUCCUCGCGGUCGUGGGAGUCGAGAAUAUUAAGGCGUUUAAAUAUUCUGCGAACGAUGGGAAACCAUCUGAUGAUUCAGUUGCGAAUAUGAUGGAUAUCGAUUCUAUUGAUGGGGAGCCACAGAAUAUAACUGCAUCGUCAUUCUCACGGCUUGCGGAGAACACCAUCGCUUCGUCACCCGAGGGAAUCCCAUUUAUCGACACUGCGAACGGAACGACCCUCGAUCCAAAAUAUUCUCAUUCUCUCGGCUUAGCCCUCGUCCGCGGCAUCGACACCGAAAACGGCACUCUCCAGCUCCUAACUCCCAUACCAUCCGAAACCAUCGAAACCAUCCUUUCCAUGGGAGGACAAAUUGUCCUAAUCAGCGGCAAAUUCGAUGCUCCAGCUUGGGCCUACACCGAAGAUUUAUAUUACCGAGCCAGUGGCGAGGCAGCAGCAGACAACGACAAUGCGGCUGAUAACGUGGACGAAUCGAUGGAACUAGUCGAGGAUGGUCCGGAACAUGUCUCGGAUGCAGAUGCAGAUGCAGAGAGCGGGAACUUGCCGUACGCAGGUGCCACGGAUGCGACGCCGGUUCCCUGGAUCGAGGUGUUACAUGGGAAUCAGAAACGUGGGGCCGGGUCCAAAGUGUGGAGGGUAAGGCGAGAUUUAGGCCGUGGGGUAAACGGUACGUAGUACAUGUGUACUUUGGGUACAGGGACGGUCGUGCCCCACAUACAUUUAACCUUAGAUCCCGCAGGUGUUAUUCAAGUUCUCAUUGGUUGGGCCAAAUAUGUACAUAUGCAUAUGCAGGAACAUGGUUGUUACGCAGACGUCCCUGCCUUACAGCACAUGCGUCGUUGAUUUAAUGUCGCGCUAGUACCUAUGUAUACAAGGUACAUGCACCCAAACCGGGCCAGACACCAUAUCCAACCAAUUUUCAAAUACCAUAGUUAUAUCUUACAAAAUAC